UACUGCAUUUAAAUUCUCAAUAGACAAAUCAGUUCUACACAUCAAACGGUGCGGUCGCCACUAUGGCAACAAAUUUAGCAAACAAAGUAAUCGUUUUAACUGGUGGAGGAGGUGGAAUCGGUUCCACAAUAGCUGAUAAUUAUCUUGAACAGGGAGCAAAACUUGUUAUUUUACUUGAUAAUGACGAGAAGAAUGGAGCCGACACCGCAAAACAAUUAACAACGAAAUAUGGAGACAACAAAGCUGUAUUUAUUAAGUGUGAUUUAACUUCCGAAGUGGAUGAAGUUUCAAAAACAAUUUUUGAAAAUUAUACAGUCGACGUCCUUGUCAAUAACGCUGGAAUCUUCGAUGAGACGAAACUGAAACUGACUAUAAAUGUCAAUGUAACUGCUCUUAUUGAAUUGAGUUUGAAGUUUUGGAACCACAUGAGGACAGAUAAGGGAGGAAGAGGAGGCACCAUUAUUAACUUGGCAUCCAUAUAUGGAUAUAGAGUUGAUCCAUAUACUUCCAUCUAUCAAGCUUCAAAAUUCGCUGUUAUGGGAUUUACGAGGUCUUUAGGUCAUGCAGAUAAUUUCAAGAGAUCUGGUGUGAGAGUAGUUGCCAUCUGCCCUGGUUUUACCAGAACCAAUAUGACUGUUACAUUUACCACAACAGACUUGGACCGCUUGGAGGAAUAUAACGAAUACGCUAAGAGCCUACCGUGGCAAACAGUAGAAGCGGUGGGUGAUGCUGCCGUAGAAAUCUUUGAACUUGCUGAAAGUGGUUCCGCUUGGCAAAUCAAGGGAGGGAAACCUGUUGAAGAAGUAAAGUUAAAGUUUGAAAAUAACGAUCCAUAAUUCAAAUUUUUCAGUAGUAUACAUACGUGAAGCUACAUUGGUGACAUUAAUUUGAUACACGAUUAGGGUCAGUAGUCAUUAAUCAUAUGAGUCAUGAUA